AUGCCGACUUUCAUCGAGAAGGUUGUGAGGGCUGCCACAGACGAGGCUCCCUUCUUCCCUGACGAGCCCGAAGGGCCGACUGUCGUUACUGCAGUCCCGGGGCCCAAGAGCAAGGAGGCAGUGCGCAGACUUGACAAAGUCUGUGACGCCAGAGCUGCUGUCAUUUCGGUGGACUACCACAAGAGCUAUGGCAACUAUAUUGUCGACGUUGACGGCAACGUCAUGCUGGACGUGUACGCCCAAAUCGCCUCCAUCCCGGUGGGAUACAACAAUCCUUCCUUACUCAAAGCUGCAACCUCUCCCAUCAUGGCUUCCGCACUGAUCAAUCGCCCCGCUAUGGGUAACUUUCCCCAGAACGAUUGGGCCAGCAUCCUAGAGACGGGAUUGCUCAAGGUGGCACCUAAGGGCAUGAAUCAAGUCUAUAUGGCGCUUUCCGGAGCAGAUGCAAACGAGUUGGCCUACAAGGCUGCCUUCAUUUGGAAGCGACAGCAGGAGCGUGGCCAGCGUGAUGCAGAGUUUACGCAGGAAGAACUCGAGAGCACCAUGCUCAAUCACCAGCCAGGGUCGCCCAACCUUUCCAUCAUGUCGUUUAAAGCAGCUUUCCAUGGUCGUCUCUUCGGGAGUCUGUCAACUACUCACACCAAGGCGAUCCACAAGCUUGAUAUACCUGCCUUUGACUGGCCUCAGUGCCCGUUUCCAGCCAUCAGGUAUCCCCUUGAGGAUCACAUUGAAGAAAACAAGCGGGAGGAGCAGAAGUGCUUAGAGGAAGCCGAGCAAAUCAUUAAGAACUAUCCUAGCAGGGUCGCAGCUGUCAUCGUGGAGCCUAUCCAGUCAGAAGGUGGCGAUAAUCACGCAAGUCCUGCCUUCUUUCAGGGCCUCAGGGAGAUUACACGACGUCACAAGGUCCUAUUGAUUGUUGAUGAGGUCCAAACUGGCGUCGGGGCGACUGGUCGAUUCUGGGCCCACGAACAUUGGGACUUGUCCGACCCCCCUGACAUGGUCACAUUCUCAAAGAAGGCUCAAACCGGCGGGUUCUACUUUGGCAACCCUGAUAUCAGACCUAACAAACCGUACCGACUAUUCAACACCUGGAUGGGAGACCCAGCCCGAGCUAUCCUCUUUGGCGCCAUCAUCGACGAGAUUGAACGACUAGACUUGGUGAAUAACACGGCUGCUGUUGGCGUCUACCUCUACGGCGAGAUCGAGAAGCUGGCUACAAAAUACCCCGGAAAGUUGACCAAUCUGCGAGGCAAGGGAGAGGGGACUUUUAUUGCGUUUGAUAAUCCUCGGCGGGACGAGUUCUUGGCUCUGGCCAAAACCCAUGGCAUCAAUAUCGGUGGCUGUGGAGCAUCGUCGGUUCGGCUGCGGCCAAUGCUGAUUUUCCAGAAGCAUCAUGCAGAUAUCCUGUUGGGGGUUCUGGAUAAGAUUGUAAAGGAGCUUUGA